AACUUUAUUGUGAACACUAAUAACAUCUAUAACAGUGACACAACAAGAAGUGACUUAUUGGUGACAACUAAUUAAAAAUAUUACAAAAUGUUAAUAUUGUGUAAAAGAUAUUUUCACCAUCGACUGUGAGGACAGUUAUCUCAUACUUUUAUAGCAUCUCAUGUGAAACCUACUGGAGUGAAGCCAUUCAACAAUUACUACUUCAUCACAUGUGAUAUCAAUUGUAGUAAUCUGUGGUUAGUGUCUACAUUGUCUUAUAUCUACUGGAUAUUAAUGAAGUUAUUCAAAGCAUAUCAAACAUAAUUAAACAAUUUAUUGAUUUGAUGUGAAUGUGAAUGAAAACAAUUGACUGUCAAAAGAGGUGCGUCAACGGGACAACGCUAUGUACACUAAAGGCAAAGGAGCUACCGUUCCAUCAGAUGCUCAGGCGAGGGAAAAGUUGGCACUAUAUGUUUACGAGUACUUACUUCACGUCGGGGCACAAAAAGCGGCGCAAACUUUCCUAUCAGAGAUAAGAUGGGAGAAAAACAUUACAUUAGGAGAGCCGCCAGGGUUUCUGCAUUCGUGGUGGUGUGUAUUUUGGGAUCUGUAUUGCGCGGCACCGGAACGUCGGGACUCAUGUGAACACUCAAGUGAAGCAAAAGCUUUUCACGAUUACGGUUUUGUAAACUCUGGAUAUGCUGUCAACGGAAUCGCUGGUCAUAACCCGACAGCUCCGAGUCCUUUGGGUCAGAUGCCUCCCAAUGAUGGUAUGCCAGGGGGUCCGAUGCCACCGACCGGCUUCUUCCCGAACUCCCAUAUGCGGCCCUCACCGCCUCAGCAGCCAGUGUCACAGCCGUCCCCCCACACACCACAACCUCCUCCCCCACCACACAACCAGAUGAUGCAGAAUCAGCCAUUUAUGUCUCCCCGUUAUCCGGGUGGACCCCGACCUGGGGUACGAAUGCCACAACAGGUAGACUUUAACCCACCGGGAGGAGUACCAGGUCAGCCAAUGAUGCCUAACAGUAUGGACCCAACGAGACAAGGAGGUGUGGGCGGUGGUGAUGGGGAUUUUGUAGGUUGGCAGCCAGGUCCGCCUGGUAUGAGUCCAAUGAAUCCUAGAAUGAAUCCUCCACGAGGCCAACCAUUAGGCCCAAUGAAUCCAAAUUAUGGUGGAAUGAGACCACCACCCAAUUCAAUGGGUCCGGGAGGUCCAGGAAUGCCACCCGGAAUGGGAAUGCCACCCGGUCCUGGAGGAAGACCAUGGAAUCCAAAUGCAUCGAAUAUGAAUUAUUCUUCCGCAUCUCCCGGAAGCCAUUAUGGAGGUCCACCCGGAUCUGGUUCAGGUCCUGGACCAGGAACGCCUAUUAUGCCCAGUCCUCAAGGCUCAACCGGCCCUUAUUCACCUGCAAGUCAUAGAAUGGGAACACCUAAUCCCGGUGGAAGAGACUCUUCUGGUUCUGGAGGUGAUGGAAUGUACCCAAUGAUGAAACCAGUACCGGGAGGAACUAUGCCUGGUUUUUCUAUGGGAGGACCAGGUGGUCCUGAUGGACCAAUGGGACCGAUGGGUCCAGACUUAGGUCCACCUGUGAUGAAUGGCAUGUCUUCUAGUGGUGACGGCUUAGAUGGAAUGAAGAAUAGUCCUGCUAAUGGUCCGGGAACGCCACGAGAAGAUGGACCUCCCAUGGGUUAUGAUAUGCCGGCGUAUGGCGGGGAAAAUGAUCAAAAUGAAUCGGCAGCCAUUUUGAAGAUCAAAGAGAGUAUGCAAGAAGAGGCCAAGAGAUUUGAAAAGGACACGCCUGGAGAUCACACCGAAUACUUCAUGCAAUAACACUAUCAUCAACACUAUAAUACAGACAUUGACUUAUAACUUAAGAGACCAUUUAUGUGACACUAAACACAUCUGUGUGUCACCUCUAAGAGGUGAUGUGACAACUGUUUUAAACUCAAGAUUUAUUUUCAUUUUAAGUGCAUUUUGUGUUACAUUUGUCAACCAAUGUACCAAUUGAUCCAAUGAUUGAACUAAUUGGUUUGUCAACUCUGCGAGUGUUUCUUAAGAUAAUAUCAAAUCAUUUUUGACACAUUUAUCAAGAUUUGGUCAUAAUUUUGAUAUUUUGUUGAAUAUAUCUAUAUAUAAAUAAUUCUCUGCAUUUGUGCGACAAAUAUAU